CGGACUCCGUUCACCGGCUGCAAUCUCUUCUCCCGUUCGCCCCGCGCUCUCCUUCUCUCUCUCUCUCGUGGCGCAACUGGGUGGCCGCCGCCCUACGCCAGGUGCCUUUGCCGGUCUUCGUCGGGCCGGUUGCCGGCGACGAGCACCCACCAGGUAUGCGCUACGCAGUGCGCAUGCCUUCUCGUCCCUUCUUGCUGUGCGAGUGCGAAGCCGAGCACCACGAACCCUAAUUCAAUACAGAUUGCGAGCUAUUGGUUGAACAUGUGUACACCAAUGUCGCCAUGGAUGGGGCGGCUGCGCUCUCACCACGCGACCCCUCAAAGUUUUCCCAAGAGGAGGCCCCCUUCCCAGACCAAGAACCCGGAGGAGAAAGAGGAGCUCCAAACAUGGAAGAAGCAUACUGCCCGCAAGAAGACCGCGAGAGGUCGCCACGCUGGAGCUGCUGCACAGCAGCCCAGGGCGUUCUUACGUGGGUCUUCGCGGCUCGCUGGAAGAGACUAUGAGCAUCCGAUUAUGAUAGACGAUGAUGUAAACGAGGAAUGUAAAUCCAGGGCUGAUCAAUCAGCAAUUACACCUCUCCGCAGAUCCCCACGAUUCCAUCUGGAAGAUAAAAGUUUGAGCAAGUCACUGUUGCCACCAAAUCGCUGUGAGACCUCUCCUAACAGAAAGACUAAAAAUGCUCAUAGAAAAGACAAAAAUCAAGAGAGCCUGAAAGGGAAUAGGGGAAGUGCUGGAUUUCCUCCUAGGAAAGAUAUUUCAGAUGUAUCUAACAAAAAGAGUGACAAGCAAGAGUUAAAGCCCAUCCAUUGUAAAGUGCAAACAGGAAAGAGGAAGAGAGGAACAGAAAGGAGGUUGUUAUCGAAGAAGCAAAGUUGCCAGGACCCUGGACCAUUGCCUGCGUAUCGCCAAGAAAUUGCAUCUUGCAAUGAAUCCAGAAAAUCCACCCACAGAAGGAUUGAAAAUGACCCUUCUACCGAGGUGAAGCUUAAAGUUGGUGAUGUGAGAUUGGCAAACAUUGAUGAAAACAUCAACAAGCCCAGUGGGACUCAGAGAGAAGGAAUAGAAAUUUUUUGUGGUCCUGAUGAUUGGACAAAAGAGCAGGACAUGGCAUUGCGCAAAGCUUACUUCAGUGCCCGACCAUCCCCACAUUUCUGGAAGAGGGUUUCAAAAAUGGUGCCAGGGAGAUCUGCUGAAGAUUGCUUCAACAGAAUUUAUACUGACCUCUCAACACCGACUCCAAUUGCCCCACGUCCCAGAGCAAGUAAAACAACAUUUUCUCCUAUAGGAAAUUUCACAUUGUCUGAUCCAAAACCUCCAAAUAUCUUGGAACCUACAGUUGGAAUGCGAAAGUCCGCUAAACAGAAGAGUCUAGUAGCACAGAAGACAGUGAGGCAUUUGUUGCAGAAACAUUGCCGCAUUGACCAAGCUCAAGAGGCUGACCACUUCUCAGUUUUUGAAAGCUCACCAAGUGCCUUACAAUUGAACUUAUCUUUUGACAAUUCUCCUGGGACUCCUGACAGUUAUAUGAAUUCAGAUUCUCUAGGCAAGCACAGUGGAAGGUCUUCAGCACGAAAGAAACCAUUUUCAAGGUUAAGAACUAAACCAUCUGAACCCAGCCCAGGAGUUCUAAAGCCUAUAAAGAAUGUUAUCCUACAUGAGAGGUACAUUGAUAAAUUGGCACGUAGAGAAGGCGCAAAAAGGCCUCGCAGAAGGGCUCCAGCUGGCUCUAAAGCUGCUGAUUCUGGGAAGUCUCUUUCUGAGCAGCAAGCUGGUAGUCUGAAGGCUGCUAAAAAUGCUCUCAUCUCAGAAGCAACCGACUUCAUAAGCAGUUUUAAGACGCUUCAAGCCAAUUCGCUUGCGCAUGCUGUGGAGAAUAGUGAAGACGAGAUUGAAUGUGAUGCCAGUGAUUGUAGCCAUGAUGAUAAAGAAUAAGAAUGUCCUUAUAGUCUUGAUUCCCAGCGGCCCUUAGCAAUCAUCUCCUUUUUGUCAACUAACGUUAGUCAUCACUUAUCAGUUGUCAGCUGAUGUUAGUCAGCACUUAUCAGCUGCAAUAAGGCUAGGCAGUUGUCAGGGCAGUGUAUUCUGCCUAAUAUGAUGUAUCUAGUUUUGUUCC